CCCUUAAUCAGCCAACAUGGAAGCUGUCCAGACUUUUGGUCGCAAGAAAACUGCCACCGCUGUUGCUCACUGCAAGCGUGGACGUGGUCUUAUCCGCGUUAACGGUGCUCCCCUUGAGCUCUUGGAGCCCCAAAUCUUGAAGUUCAAGGUCUAUGAAGUUGUCCUUCUCCUCGGUGAAGAGCGCUUCGCCAACGUCGACAUCCGUCUCCGCGUCCAGGGUGGUGGUGUCGUCUCCCAGGUGUAUGCUAUUCGUCAGGCUCUUGCCAAGGCCAUCGUCGCUUUCUACCAAAAGUACGUCGAUGAAGCCUCCAAGAAGGAGAUCAAGGAAAUCCUCGUCCAGUACGAUCGUACCCUUCUUGUGGCUGAUCCCCGCCGUUGCGAACCCAAGAAGUUCGGCGGUCCAGGUGCUCGUGCCCGCUUCCAGAAGUCGUACCGUUAAACGCGGAUAUUGCUUCUAUUCAUCUUGUACUCUUUUUAUUUUCGCGCUACGUUACGAUAAAAGGAGUGUUUUACACAUAGUACAAAACAAAUAUUGUCUCUAUUCAUAUUGCUUGGUAACGGGAAGGGAUUUGAUUGCUAAUGAUGGA